AUGUACGAGGAUGCGUUGAAGACGUUUUUGCAGUGCGUGGAAUUUCAUAAGGAACGCGGUACCGGCGUUAGCGAGAGCGUCGAUCAGAUGUGCGGCAUGUAUGCCUGUAUCGGAGACGCAUACCUCGGCUUGCAACAAAUUGCAGCUGCCGACCAAGCCUACGACCAGAUGCUUCGUUUGGCCCGCAUCCUCAACAGCACCUCAGCUGAAAUCGACGCCCUGACGCGGCUGGGCCGCCUUAAAAGGUAUAAAGCGUCCCGACGUUGGGCUGAGAAGCAGCUGGAUAUCGCCCUGAAGCUCGGCGAUCGUCUGAUGGAGGCGGACGCAUGUUCCGCUCUUGGCGACGUCGAAUUCGAGGUCAGGCGUUUCGGUAACGCGGCAAAACUCUACCAGAAAAGAUUGGAGUUGGUCAGCAGCGGUGGGUGCCCAAUAAAACAUGACGGCACUAUGCUGCAGGCCCUUCAUCGCCUCGGUACUUGCCACUACUUGAACGGCAGCUACGAUGAGGCAUUGAGCACAUAUCGAUCGGCGCUGCGCCUCGCAGAGGAAUCCGAAUCCGGCUCUAACGAACGGUCAUUAGUGUGCAUGCUGCACGCUGACCUGGCGUUCUGCCUUUUGUCGCUGUCGCGCAGCGCUGAUGCCGUGAAGCAUAUGUCACUUCACUGGACGUUGUCCAGGGACACCGUGAAUAGCAAGGUUCGCUCGAUGGCCUUCAAAAACGUCGGUCGCUACUACGCCAAAUGUGGCGAGUACAAGAAGUGCAUAGAGUACAUGGAAAAGUACUUGAUGAUCGUGCAAGAAGAGAACGAGCUAAGCGAAGAGUUGGAGAGUUGUCUGAUAUUGGGCGACGCACAUCGAAAGCUGGCCUGUUACCUUGAGGCGGUUCGAUUUUACAACCAGGCGUUGACGAUGGCCAAAGAUACUUCAAAUUACACCGUGUUGGCCAAUGCCUAUCGAAGCCUAGCCGUGUCCAAGAUGAAAUUACACGAGUUUAACGACGCGAUGGAGUGCGCCAAGUACUUUCUGGCUAUCGCCCAUAUCCUUGGCAAUGCUGAGUCGAAGUGCGACGCACUGCUGACCAUAAGCGAAAUACUCUUGUUGACCGGCAAGCCCAAGGCAUCGCUGAAGGUGAUUGGCAAAGCGAUGAACUUGAUUAUCGCUGCUUCAUUGAACCAUCUCCAGCGCAAGACAUUGGGUCUUUUGGGCUUGAACUAUUUGACGCUUGAGAAAUACCGUGAAGCGAUGUCUGUGUUCUGGCAGGAGAAGGCACUGGCGGAACAGACGAAAAACAGCGACGACCUUUGUUCGGUUUGUGAGCACCUCGGCGCCUAUUUCCGUGCUCAGAACCAGGUGGAUCAAGCACUACAGGAAUAUAGGAAACAGGCCUCGAUCGCCAAGGCGACGAACAACCUCGAGAAGCAGCUGGACGCCUGGUGGAACAUGGCUGAAACUCAAAUACGUGCUAAAAACCUGGAUGAGGCUAGACGUUGCUUCCAGAGACACGCUGACCUGAUGAUUUUGUGCGGUGGCGGCGAUCGAUCGUUCACUGCAGUCAGGAAAGCAUUGUUGAAAGUCGCUGAUCUCCUUGAACGACAGAAACGCUGGCUGUCUUCCGCCAAGUGUUAUGAGCGGUUGCUCAGCUUACCGUUAGGCGACGAUGCCGAAGAACGGACCAUGGCACCAGUGCUACGAGUCCGUCUAGGUUGGAUGAUGGUUAGGCUGCUGCGUUUCGAAAGGGCUCGCACCGAGUUCCUCAGCUGCCUCAAACAAAAUUCGACCGCUGCCGUGUCCGCCAACGAGUCACUCGCCGUACGCUUGUACCAGGGCCUUGCUUAUUGUGAGGCAGCACUGGGUGACACCAAGUCGUCUCUAGCUCGCCUGACCACCUUGCUGACCGAC